AUGGCCAGCACAGAUAAUGGAAAACGCUCAUCUGAGAGCGCUGACUCCGACCAUGCAUCGACGUUUCUCCCUACCAGUGCCGCCUUCAUCGGAUACCGCCCCUUUCCAUCCAUAAUGAACCUCCACAGCAAUUUCUCAGGAGUAGUCAGCGCGCUAAAGACAGUCAAGCUCUGCGGUGCCAGCGAAGACGGCUUUCUCUACCUCGUCGAGGCACACUUCGGCUUCACUCCCCGCGGCUCCCUUCACUUCGAACCCGGUUACUACCUCCGCAACGGAACCAGCCUCAAGAGCCCCAUACUCGCUGCCACGGGGGAUUAG